UGUAUUCGUAAACCCCACAAACAGAUCAUGGACAAGACGAAAAAAGGCUCAGUAUCAUCGUAUCCGAUCAAAACCAUCGUCGUUUUAGUCCAAGAGAAUCGUUCUUUCGACCACACACUUGGCUGGUUCAAAGAGCUAAACCGGGAAAUUGAUGGAGUCGUCAAAUCGGACCUGAAAUUCAACCCGGUUUUGUCUUCCGACCAAAAUUCUCACAAUAUCGUCUUCGGUGACCAGUCUCAGUACGUUGACCCGAAUCCAGGUCACUCCAUUCGGGAUAUUUACGAACAAGUGUUUGGUAAGCCAUGGGAUUCGGUUCACCCGGAUCCAAACCCGGGUCCAGCUAAAAUGUCCGGAUUUGCCCAAAACGCCGAACGGAAGAUGAAAGGGAUGUCAGCUGCGGUUAUGAACGGAUUUAAACCGGAUGCUUUGCCGGUUUACAAGGAAUUGGUUCAAAAUUUCGCCAUAUGUGAUAGGUGGUUUGCGUCGGUUCCGGGUGCAACACAGCCAAACCGAUUGUUUGUCCACUCGGCAACAUCACAUGGAACAACGAAUAACGAGAGGAAAUUACUAAUCGAAGGUUUUCCACAAAAGACGAUAUUCGAGUCACUCGAUGAAGCUGGUUUUACCUUUGGGAUUUAUUACCAAUGUUUUCCUACUACUCUCUUUUAUAGGAAUUUGAGAAAACUCAAGUAUUUGACACGUUUCCACGACUACGGACUACAAUUCAAGAAAGAUUGUAAAGAAGGGAAGCUACCGAACUACGUUGUGGUUGAACAACGCUGGUAUGAUCUGUUGUUGAAUCCCGCUAACGAUGAUCAUCCAUCACAUGACGUCUCUGAAGGCCAAAAGCUCGUGAAAGAGGUUUACGAGGCCUUGAGAUCGAGUCCUCAAUGGAACGAGAUUUUAUUCAUUAUAACAUAUGACGAACACGGUGGAUUUUACGACCAUGUCCCUACUCCGGUAGCGGGAGUUCCUAAUCCGGAUGGUAUCUUGGGACCUCCACCGUAUAAUUUUGAGUUUAAUCGGCUUGGCGUUAGGGUUCCGGCCUUCUUCAUCUCUCCGUGGAUUGAGCCUGGGACAGUUAUUCAUGGGCCAAAUGGGCCGUACCCAAUGUCACAAUAUGAGCAUUCAUCAAUUCCCGCAACGGUCAAGAAAAUUUUCAAAUUCAAAGAUUUCUUAACAAAGAGAGAUUCAUGGGCUGGCACUUUUGAAUCUGUUAUCACGAGAGACUUGCCAAGACAAGAUUGCCCUGAAACAUUGUCAAAUCCGGUCAAAAUGAGAGGGACGGUGGCAAAAGAAAAUGCAGAAUUGAGCGACUUUCAAGAAGAGCUCGUAAUAGUUGCUGCGGGAUUAAAAGGAGACUACAAAAACGAAGAACUGAUGCACAAGCUAUGCAAAGAAACUUGCGUUGCAGACGCUUCCAAAUACGUUACGAACGCGUUUGAUAAGUUUAUAGAAGAGUCUCGAAAGGCAAGAGAAAAGGGAUGUGAUGAGAACGACAUCGUUUAUUGCAUCGAUGUUGAUGAUGAUGAUGAUGUUGUGAAACCACCAACAUCACAAACGAAGGCAUUACAUAUUACUCCUAAGCCAAAAACCUGAUUGUCAUCAUUAAAGCGUAUAUAUAAAAAAAUUUAAUUAGA